AUGAAAAAGCACUUGAAAUACUUUCUUCUUGUAUUUUGGACAGCAUUUAUUUUUGCCGGAAGUGAAAACCCCGCAACAGAAGAAGACCUUCGAUGCGUGAAAAUCCCAGAGGAAAAAAAUCCUCAAAUAUUUGGCCGCGAGAAGCUGUAUGCUGCGACACACAUUAAAAAAAUCAUUCUGCAUCUAGAAAGUAAACGCGAGACAGAAAGAGGCGCUGAAAAAAAUGAGCUGGUCUGCAUUCUUAAGGAGCUUAAAACGAACCUAAUGCACAAUCUGGAUAUCUCUCUGAUCUGCCUGCAGCGGCUGGUUUUUCUUACUGCAACGGUCGUUGUGCAUCCAAUCCUAGACAAGCACAGCAAAUUCUUUUCCCAAACCACAGUCAAUAGAGUGCUCUGUGCUCUGGUUGAAACCAAGAGCGGCGCGUGCGAACAGAAGGUUCUAGUUGACGAAAUGGCGUCUCUGACCCUUGCUAUUUUCUCUAUAAAAUUCAAAUGCAGCGUCUUAGAAGCAAGAGGCAUGCAGCCAUGCAAGGGCGUGCCCAUGCUGACCAAAGACGAGAAGUCUUUACUAGGCCUUAUUCGCCGGCUGUACCAGUCUUUCCUCUGCAUGCUUUCUUUGAACCCCAGCAACCUGUAUCUGCUUGCUUUGGAUUCUAUAAAGUGGCAUAUGCAAGAGUAG